CACCGCACUGGGCGUGGCGGCCAUUUUGUUUGGGCACCGAGCGGUAGUUGGCGGCAGUGGCUGUGGUGACACAGACGAAAGACAGAAAAGGGCAGGCCAGGCGAGCAGGUGGACCGGUUGACCAGACAGCCAGCCAAAAACAACGGACUAACCUAGCAGGCCACCGUUUACACAUCUAGCCAACCGCGAAACAAGUUAACCCGAGCCCCUCCACCAUCAACUCAGGUUCGGCCGGCUUCCGGCCCGCCUUCCGCAGCAGUCGUGGCAGCCCCAGGAGGAGCACUGGCGUCAUUUUCCUUCGAUCCUCGGGAUUUGAAGAUGGCUGCACAGUCAGCGCCGAAAGUUGUGCUAAAAAGCACCACCAAGAUGUCUCUAAAUGAGCGCUUUACUAAUAUGCUGAAGAACAAACAGCCGAUGCCAGUGAAUAUUCGGGCUUCGAUGCAGCAACAACAGCAGCUAGCCAGUGCCAGAAACAGAAGACUGGCCCAGCAGAUGGAGAAUAGACCCUCUGUCCAGGCAGCAUUAAAAAUUAAGCAGAAGAGCUUAAAGCAGCGCCUGGGUAAGAGUAACAUCCAGGCACGGUUAGGCCGACCCAUAGGGGCCCUGGCCAGGGGAGCAAUCGGAGGACGAGGCCUGCCCAUAAUCCAGAGAGGCUUGCCCAGAGGAGGACUACGUGGGGGACGUGCCACAAGAACCCUACUUAGGGGCGGGAUGUCGCUCCGAGGUCAAAACCUGCUCCGAGGUGGACGAGCCGUAGCUCCCCGAAUGGGCUUAAGAAGAGGUGGUGUUCGAGGUCGUGGAGGUCCUGGGAGAGGGGGCCUAGGGCGUGGAGCUAUGGGUCGUGGCGGAAUCGGUGGUAGAGGUCGGGGUAUGAUAGGUCGGGGAAGAGGGGGCUUUGGAGGCGAGGCCGAGGCCGUGGACGAGGGAGAGGUGCCCUUUCUCGCCCUGUACUGACCAAGGAGCAGCUGGACAACCAACUGGAUGCGUACAUGUCGAAAACAAAAGGACACCUGGAUGCCGAGUUGGAUGCCUACAUGGCACAGACAGAUCCAGAAACUAAUGAUUGAAGCCUGCCUGCCCUCCUGUGAGAGACUCUUGUUAAAGUUAUCACGUCUGUAAAUAACCUUGAGAUACCAGAUGAGAAGAAACCUACCUGAUUGAUGCUGGAAGGACCUAUCAGAAUAGACUAUGGACUUAACUUGCCACCAGUUUGUGCAUUUAGUGUGUUCCUUUUACUUUUUUGAUACUAUAUUGUAUGAAACCCUUUUUUCCUCUGACUUGGAUUUGGUUUCAUUUUGUUGUUUUUGGGGUUUGGGGUUUUUUUUUUUCCUCCUUCUCCCAGACUUCUCUUUGAACAUGAAUGUGUUGGCCCUCUUUCCACCUCUGCCUCCCCUCACCUGUUACAUAUGCCCUGACAUUCUAACAUCUCUAUACCCUCUGGGGAAAGUCCCAGAAAUAACCCAUCCCUAACGCCUAGGUUUCUGAGAUAUAGUUUUGUUCUGUAUCACUCUGAUAGCCUCUUAGAAGUGUUGAGAAUAUCUGGAGUUCAAAAUGCACUCUGCCACGUUGAUAUUUUAAUGUAAGUUAGGGACAUUGACCUGGCUACAAGGCCACAUAACAGGUUAUAUACAUGGUAGCAGCUCUGGUUUGAUUCAAGUUGCCACCAUAUGCAUUGAUACCACAUAAUGUGUGCUGGCUUGGGUGUGUGCAUACUCUACGCUGGAAUAAGGUUUAUAAACCUUCCCGUGGCUUUGCAUCACAUCCAGAGGGGUCCUGUUAGGUUGGCCUAUGCCUGAAAUAUGAAAUAGAGAGGGAAAAGCCAUUUGGUUAAGCAGGUGCUGCAGAAAGAAUGGGAGAAAUAUGGUAGACCUGCUGGGGAGGGUUCAGAAGAUACUCAUUCUGAACAUAAUCCUUAUGUUUAUCCUAAACCAAUCAGGCUUUUCUAUACAUUGGCUUUGUUUGACCAUCUUAUUUUCCUUGAAGGUUUGUAAGUUCAACCAUAUCCUGUCAACUGUCCCAGUUUCGGUGAAAUCUUGUAUUUCUGGUUUAUUAUAACAAGAAAUCAUUCUCUCAGACCCA